UGUAUCUCUGCAACCAACUCUCUCCAGUAUUAGAAAGUGAGACGUAACGCACCAAUGCCAUCCCAGUGCAUACCCAAGUCCUCUCCACCUUGGAAUUUUUGGCCACUGGAACAUUCCAACGGGAGAUUGCGGAUCUGUCUGGCAUUUCACAACCAACCAUGAGCCGAAUAUUGCCUGCAGUCCUUCAUGGCAUUAUUUCAUUGACCCCACAAUACAUCGUUUCCGUACACUGCUGUGCAACGGACAGACUGAAAGGGGAUUUCCAUACCAUAGCUGGAUUUCCCAAUGUCAUUGGAGCAAUUGACUGCACCCACAUCGCAAUAAAAGCACCAUCAGUGAACGAAAUCAACUUCGUCAACAGAAAAGGUUUCUAUUCUGUCAAUGUGCAGGUCAUCUGUGAUUCACAUUUGGCUUUGUUGAAUGUAGUGGCCAAAUGGCCAGGUGGGACACAUGAGUCAUUCAUUGCGCAGAACAGGUCAGUCGACCUUAACCUCCAGAAGGGAGCUGUUGAGGAUAUUGGAGACCGGGGCUACCCAUUAAAAACCAUGGCUGAUGACUCCCCUCACAAACCCCUCAAACCAACAAGAUGCAAGGUUUGCUACAUUGUCAAGGCUUGCAGUGUGCUCCACAACAUUACAAUCAAAAAUGGCAUUCCACUGAAUGAUCCACCCAGACCGGAUGAGCCCAUGCCUGACGGAGUUUUUCCCACCACCCAUAGCUCUGGAACUGAAGACAAGAGUUAAUAUCAUUAAACGGUUUUAGGUAUCUGUUCUUCCAAAUAUUGAAAUCAAAUCGACAAGGAAAACACAUUUACAUUGCGCCAGAAUUUGUCUCACAUGCUUGACACAAUCAACAAGUUAUUUCAAUGAUUGAUUUCUCUCUCUCAGGCCGUUGCAUACAUCCUCCAGCUGCUGUUUGAGUCCAAUAAUUGAUGUGUUGAUCUCUUGUUGUUUCAGGACUGCGUCAGUCAAAACAUGCCGCGCAGCUGCCAAAGCAGACACCCUUCUUGUAGGCCUGGGGAUGGAUGAGGGGGUCAGGCAAAUCACCCACAUCUGUGAAGAUUUCAUGUUUUGUUAUAUAUUUAUUGUGAAGAAAAAAUAUUUAGAUGUGGUCCAUGUCUGAAUAUGGUUGCGAAAAUAAAGUUUGGCUUACCAUC